ACGUUAAUGACGUUUCUUUCUUGCGUACUUUGCUUUGCAUACAAACAAACACUGGUUUUGCGUAAAAGGUGAAUUUUAUCCUGUUAAUGCAUUUGUGAUUGCCCGAAAAUAUAACAUUAAAGAGAUGGCAGUACCACCUCAAGCGUUUGUUAAUAAGCACAAGAAACAUUUUCUUGGUAUUCCAGCCCCUUUAGGUUAUGUAGCUGGUGUUGGAAGAGGUGCCACUGGUUUCACCACACGGUCUGAUAUUGGUCCAGCGCGAGAUGCGAAUGAUGUGUCUGACGAUCGACAUGCUCCACCAGCAGCUAAACGUAAGAAAACAGAGGAAGAAGAUGAUGAUGAAGACUUGAAUGAUUCCAAUUAUGAUGAGUUUUCUGGAUACAGUGGUUCCUUGUUUUCAAAGGAUCCUUAUGAUAAAGAUGAUGCUGAAGCAGAUGCGAUUUACGAGUCUAUAGAUAAACGCAUGGAUGAAAAAAGAAAAGAGUAUAGAGAAAAAAGGCUCAAAGAAGAUUUGGAGAGAUAUCGUCAGGAAAGACCUAAAAUUCAACAACAAUUUUCUGACCUUAAACGUGAACUGAAACAAGUGUCCGAAGAGGAGUGGGCUGCUAUCCCUGAAGUGGGAGAUGCACGCAAUAGGAAACAACGUAAUCCGCGUGCGGAAAAAUUCACACCUCUACCUGAUAGUGUGCUGUCCCGGAAUCUAGGAGGCGAAUCCACUACUUCCAUUGACCCUGGAUCUGGUCUGGCAUCUAUGAUGCCCGGUGUGAUGACACCAGGAAUGUUGACUCCUUCAGGUGACUUGGAUUUAAGAAAGAUUGGUCAAGCAAGGAACACAUUGAUGACAGUGAAACUAUCACAAGUAUCGGACUCUGUCACUGGACAAACUGUAGUUGAUCCCAAAGGUUACUUGACUGAUUUGCAGUCCAUGAUACCGACAUAUGGUGGUGACAUUAACGACAUUAAGAAAGCUAGAUUGUUAUUGAAAUCUGUCAGGGAGACAAAUCCAAACCAUCCACCGGCUUGGAUAGCUAGUGCUCGAUUAGAAGAAGUAACAGGUAAAAUCCAAUCAGCAAGAAACCUUAUAAUGAAAGGUUGUGAAGUUAAUCCUAGUAGUGAGGAACUAUGGCUCGAAGCAGCUCGAUUGCAGCCACCGGACACUGCAAGGGCAGUCAUAGCACACGCUGCGAGGAACCUGCCCCACAGUGUCAGGAUUUGGGUUAAAGCUGCUGAUUUGGAACAGGAAACAAAGGCUAAACGACGUGUAUUCCGCAAGGCUUUAGAACACAUACCUAAUUCCGUUCGCUUAUGGAAAGCAGCCGUCGAAUUAGAGAACCCUGAAGACGCUCGUAUAUUACUUUCAAGAGCCGUUGAAUGCUGUCCCACAAGCGUGGAACUAUGGUUGGCCUUGGCAAGAUUAGAAACGUAUGAGAAUGCUAGGAAAGUGUUAAAUAAAGCGAGAGAAAACAUACCCACUGAUCGCCAAAUUUGGGUUACGGCCGCUAAAUUGGAAGAAGCUCAUGGCAACACUCACAUGGUAGAGAAGAUCAUAGAUCGUGCGAUUACGUCCCUCAGUGCUAACGGGGUAGAGAUUAACCGCGAACAUUGGUUCAAAGAAGCUAUGGAAGCCGAAAAAUCUGGAGCCGUUCACACUUGCCAGGCUAUCAUUCGUGCUGUAAUAGGACACGGUAUAGAACCAGAAGAUCAAAAGCACACUUGGAUGGAAGAUGCUGACGCUUGUGCUAGCGAAGGCGCGUUCGAAUGUUCGCGCGCAGUUUAUGGAUACGCCCUGUCAGUGUUUCCGUCGAAAAAGUCCAUAUGGCUCAGAGCUGCCUAUCUGGAGAAACAACACGGCACCAGGGCGAGUCUCGAGGCUUUACUGCAGCGGGCCGUCGCACAUUGCCCCAAAUCGGAGGUGCUGUGGCUUAUGGGAGCGAAAUCUAAGUGGCUAGCUGGUGAUGUUCCGGCCGCUCGAGGCAUUCUAUCGCUAGCUUUCCAAGCGAAUCCCAACUCUGAGGAGAUUUGGCUCGCUGCCGUCAAACUGGAGAGCGAGAACAAAGAGUACGACAGAGCGAGACGAUUGCUCUCCAAAGCUAGGGCUUCUGCGCCCACGCCGAGGGUAAUGAUAAAAUCUGCCAAAUUAGAAUGGGCCUUAAAUAACAUGGACGAAGCUCUGAAAUUGCUUGAAGAAGCAAUUAAGGUUUUUGGUGAUUACGCGAAGCUUCACAUGAUGAAGGGAGAAAUCGAGGAGCAAAUGGGCAAGAAUGAUGACGCACAUAACACUUAUUCACAAGGGUUGAAGAAAUGUGCUACAAGUGUACCGAUGUGGAUAUUGCUAUCAAGAUUAGAAGAAAAGUUGAAGCAUGUUACAAAAGCGAGAUCUGUCCUAGAGAAGGCAAGAUUGAGGAAUCCUAAAAACGCGGAGUUAUGGUUAGAAAGUGUCAGGCUCGAAAGGCGGAACGGUAGCGCGGAGAUCGCGAACGCUGUGAUGGCGAAAGCUUUACAAGAGUGCCCCACCGCUGGGCGUUUGUGGGCCGAAGCCAUCUUCAUGGAGUCCAGGCCGCAGAGGAAAACUAAAAGCGUGGACGCGUUAAAGAAAUGCGAGCAUGACGCGCACGUGUUACUGGCGGUAUCCCAGCUGUUUUGGACCGAGAGGAAACUCAACAAAUGCAGGGAAUGGUUCAACAGAACGGUAAAGAUCGAUCCGGAUCUCGGUGACGCUUGGGCAUAUUUCUACAAAUUCGAACUACUUCAUGGUAACGAACAACAACAGGAGGACGUUAAAACCCGCUGCAAGACCGCUGAGCCGCACCACGGCGAGCAGUGGUGUAAAGUCUCCAAAGAUAUAGCCAAUUGGUGCUUUAGCAUCGAACAAACGUUACUGCUAGUGGCUAAAAACCUACCUGUACCUACUUAGAUUGGAUUAGAAUAAGACUGAUUUCUAUACC